AUGCCUUCCUUCAUGAAGCUCCUUGCCACGGCUCUCGCCGUGGCCCCCGCUGUCGCGCAGACCUUCACCGACUGCGACCCUCUGCAGAAGACCUGCCCCGCUAACCCCGGUACCACUGAGACUGACCUGAAGUUUGACUUCACCCAAGCCAAUGCUUUGGGCAAGUGGAAGACCACCGCUGGCACCGUCAACACUGGCGGCAGUGAUGGCGCUGCCUUCACCGUCGCCAAGAAGGGCGAUGCCCCCACUAUCCAGACCGACUUCUACUUCUUCUACGGCGAGAUCACCGUCGAGAUGAAGACUUCCCCUGGUCAGGGUAUUGUCAGCUCCAUUGUUUUGCAGUCUGAUGACCUCGAUGAGGUUGACUGGGAGGGUAUUGGUGGUAACAAUGGCGAGAUUGAGACCAACUACUUCGGCAAGGGUGACCACACCACUUAUGACCGUGAGACUUGGGUUCCUCUUGCUACUCCUCAGGAUACUUUCCACAAGUACACCGUCAACUGGUCCAAGGAGGCCCUCGUCUGGUCCAUUGACGGCAACGUCGUCCGCACUGUCAACUACGCCGAUGCUAAGGGCGGUACUCGCUACCCCCAGACUCCCAUGAACCUUCGUAUUGGUAUCUGGGCUGGUGGUGAUCCCAGCAACGGCCAGGGCACCAUCGACUGGGCUGGCGGUCCUACUGACUACUCUGCUGCUCCCUUCAGCAUGUACAUCAAGAGCGUCGAGAUCAAGAAUGCCAACCCGGCUGAGUCCUACACCUACUCUGAUAUGUCUGGUUCCUCCGACUCGAUCAAGUUCACCGGCUCCAAUGCUGUCAGCGCCCGUAGCACCACCACCUCUGCUGCUCCCACCUCUAUCACCGAGGCCUCUACCGCUGAGACUUCCUCCACUGAGACUUCUACCACCGAGGCUUCCACCGCGGCCUCUUCUACCCCAAGCACCAUGGUGACCUCCACCCAGAGCUCCUCUGCCGCCGGUGCUGGUUCUUCCACCGCCGCCAGCACUGAUGCCUCCAGCUCCGCCGCCGCCGGUGCUACCCAGACUGGGUCUGGCUCCGGCUCCGCCAGCUCUGGCUCUGGCAGCAUUGGCUCCAGCACCAGCACCGGCUCCGGCUCUAGCUCUUCCGGCUCCGCUGGCACCAGCACCAGCGCCUCGGCCUCGGCCAGUUCCAGCCCCGCUUUCAACGCGGCUUCCACCGUCGCUGCCAGCUACAUGGGCCCCGUGUCCAUCCUCGCUCUGGCAGCUGCUUUCUUCCAGCUGUAA